CAUUGUUUUCGGACGGUUUUUGGUCGGAAAUAGGGGUUCAUUUUGCGUUUUUUCGUUCGCGGACUUCGUUCGCGAGUUGCUCGUAACGAUCGAUUUUGACGUCAAACGCGAUUAAAAAUGAAAAAACUAAAUGGUUCGUUCGGUUUCAGGUAGUGAAAGGAAGAUCUCCUGCAAUUUUCGGCAAGUUUCACUGUUCGGUUUGCGAGUUUUGGACGAAAAGGUAAUUCCCCAUAGACUCUUUAACAAAAUUGGAUCAGAUCUGAUCCAAGUGCAUCUUUUGAAAUUUUUCAGUUUUCAAUUGAGAAUGGCGGGUUUUGCGAUGUCCGUGCUGUUGGUGCUGUUGGUGGUGCAUCCUGAUGCGUCAUCCGGCAGAAUGGCAAGUUUCGCGGUGUCCGUGUUGUUGGUGCUGCUGGUGGUGCAUCCUGAUGCGUCAUCCGGCAGGUGUCACGUCCAAGAUGGCCGCCUUCAUUGCUCUGAGGCGUGCGACGCGGACGCGGUUCGCGCUUCCGAGUUCGACGGGAGGAUCGUCCUGACGGGUCACGUUCUGGACUUUGGGUGUCUGGACUUCUUCGGGAUCAAGAAGGUAGAAUUGCUGAGUCCCACUAGAUGUGAGGGCAAUUUUCGUCCGUCGUUGGUGGAUCCGGUGGAUUUUUGUGUGACCGGACGGGUUACGGUGGAUCUUCAAACUUCUUCACCAUAUUUGGCAUCCGUCCCGAGCUCUUCGACGAGAAUUCCGGUGGCUCCGGAGAGACCGGUGAUCCUGACGACGGCUAUUUUUCCUACUUCCUUGUCGACGGAGGCGACAUCUGCCGUCACUCGUGGUGGUGUCGUGAAUCCACAAGAUUCUAGCACGGAUUCAUCCGUGAGUGUUCGAUUGCUGACGACGCAUAUUGUUCCUGAAACGACAAAACAAACUACGCCGGCUCCUACGACAAGCAAGCCUUCUAUCAUCGUUUCGGUGCUGAAAAAUCUUCCGGAAACCCGAAUUCACUCUGGAGAACAUGCCAACGUCACAUUAAUGGUAGUGGAGGGAAAAGCGGUCUUGGACGCGGAAUUCGCUACCAAACUCUUUUCUAAUUGGGCCAUUGGGCUAAUUAGUGGUCUUGGCGUGACGGUAUUUGGUUUGGCUGCUGGGUGGAUGGCCUGGUGUUUGAGAAAAAAG